AUGAAAAGGGCAAUUCCGUGGAGCGACGACGACGACGGCAAAGAUUCUUCGGAUUCAGAUGAAGAAUCGUCCACGUCGUCUUCGGCUUCGGAUUCUCAAGAUGAUGGAGGCACCACCAAGACGAAAAACAAGAAUGCCUUGAAGCACAAGAACUUGAAAGGCAAGUUUGUAAGGCGUAGGGGUGGAGCUGUGGACUUUGAAGAACUGAGGCGGCAUGGAUACAAAGGUGGCCCCUCACUUCUGAGAAUGCCACCGCCUAAAGACGACACAGAGCCCAACUGGACCUGGUCUACAGGCAAAGAAGAACGCCUUGCUGCCACCAAGGACAAGAAUGGAGAGUCUUACGAAGAGCGGCAGAAAACAAGGGCAGCUCUAAUGGCUGGGGAGCAGCUGAUGCAUUCACAGACCCGGAAAGAGAAGGAGGAGAAGAAUCAGCUUUCAUUCUCGCAGAAGGAGAAGAGGAAACGAGAGCUUGGUCAGGCUAGCAGGGGAAAGAAUUAUGUCGAAGAAGAGAAGAGGUUGUUGAGAGAUAGUGGCGUCUACUCUGGCUUUGAUACAUAA